ACUCAGGUACACUUACACGUAUCCUUCACUAAUAAAUAUAAAUACACAACGCAGUGCGCAUUUAGAUUGCACUUUGUUUCGUUUCUCUCUCGAAUCCCUCGAUCUUCAUUCAACUCACUGGUUAUAGCUCCGUUCGGGUUUUCGAUUCCUAAUCAGGUUUUUAUGCAUGCUUAUGCUUGUACUUGAAGCUGUGGCUGUCAAUUCAUCAUGGGAUUUGAUAACGAGUGCAUUGUCAACAUUCAAUCCCUUGCUGGAGAGUAUUUCUGUCCUGUUUGUCGCCUGCUUGUGCUUCCGGAUGAAGCUUUGCAGUCGCAAUGCACUCAUUUGUACUGCAAGCCCUGCUUGACGUAUGUAGUAGGCACCACAAGGGCUUGUCCUUAUGAUGGUUAUUUGGUCACCCAGGCGGACGCCAAGCCGCUGAUGGAGUCGAAUAAGACUCUUGCUGAAACUAUUGGAAAAAUACCAGUUCAUUGCUUGUAUCACAGGAGCGGAUGCACGUGGCAAGGAGCUUUGUCCGAUUCUACAUCUCAUUGUGCUGGGUGUGCUUUCGGUAACUCUCCUGUUGUUUGCAACAGGUGUGCGGUCCAAAUAGUGCAUCGCCAAGUGCAAGAACAUGCACAGACUUGCUCUGGUGUGCAGGGUCAGGUUGCCGUUGCCCAGGAUCCUUCAGCCACUAGUGCUAGUGCUUCGACUGAUCAGACCCAGGCUGCUGCUCUGGCUGGAGCAACGACUUCACAAGCUCUGACUUCUCAAGCUGUUGCUACUAGUACUACACCUGGGCAGGUUUCAAAACAGCUACCCAACCCACCUUCUCAAACUCAAGCUAUAACUCAAACUGCUGUGCAGCCAACAGCAGAGCAAUGGUAUCAGCAGCAACAAUAUCAACAGUAUUACCAGCAGUAUCCUGGACAAGAUCCAUACCAACAGCAGCAGUAUCAACAUUAUUACCCCUAUCAACAGUCUGCAGUUCCACAAUACCAGCAAGCCUAUGGUCAACCCCAAGCUCAGCCCCAGGCUCAACCCCAAGCUCAGCCCCAACCACAAUCACAGCCUCAACUUCAAUCACAGCCCCAGGCACAAGGACCGUCUGCUCCGCAAUCCCAGAAGCCGGGGCAAGUUCACCAACAACCACAGCAGGUUCAACCUGUUGUACAGCCACCUGGCCACAGUCAAGCCUUCCCUCAGGCUCAGGCACAGCCAUAUCCUUAUGCCCAACAAGUGCAGCCUCAUUCUGCACAACCCCAACAAAAUAUGCAUAUGCCUCAGUAUCAGCAGCCUGUUCCUCAAAUACAGCAUUCGCAGCCUCAAAUUCAACAAUCAGUACAGAAGUAUCCAGUUCCUCAAACUCAAGUUCAUCCACAAGGACCACAACUGCAGCCCAAUGCUACAAUUCAACAUCUUUCUCAGGCCCAGGUGCAUCCUCACCAGCCUGUGACUCCUAAUGUCCAGCAUCAAGUGCCAAAUCCAUCUUCACAUGCAGUGACAGGUCAUCACUCUUAUCCCCAAUCUCUGCCUCACCAGAAUAUGCAACCUGGAGGUCCUCAACAGACUAUGCACAUGCAUCCCCAAAGUGGCCCUCAGUUCCAGGCACAGCAUUCUGUCCAGAUGCAGAAUCAAUUUCCUCAGCAGAUUCCGGCAAUGCAUCCAAAUCAAUCUCAUGCUAUGUUUCCUAACCAGCAACACCAAACUGUUCAGGGUCAAAGUGCCCCUUCUUUGCACCAGCAGCAGCCAGUAUAUGCACAUAAUCAACAACCUGGACAAAUUGGCCAACGUCCUAUCGUGCAGCCGGUUCAACAAAUGUUGCCUCAGCAACCCUUUCCACAACAACAGUUGCCUAUGCCAUCUCAUUUACGACCCCAAGGUCCAGCACAUUCAUUUCCUAAGCAUGCUUAUCCACAUUCACAAGGUAAUACUGCCCUGCCAAAUAGCACUCAGCACAGUCAAUCUCAAAAUGCUAUGGGAAGGUUGUUAAAUACCAAUCAUACAGGACACAUACAGCCAUUUGCACAAUCUGCCAAUACCAUUCCUGUUAGACAAGGUAAUCAAGGACAAUUGUCUUCUGAAUUGCUGCCUAGGGCUCCAGAACCAAUUGAAAGACAGGGUAAUGUUGUUGAGCAACAAACUGAGUCUGCUUCUGGGAAACUCAGUAAAAAUUUUAAGGAUUCGGAUGCAGGGUCUGGAUCAGCAAAUGAGCUGAAAUCUGAAAAAGAAACAGACUUGAAACCAAUUGAGGGUGAAGAUCCACACUCUGUGAAGACUUUAGGCCCAAAUGCAACUUCAUUAGAAAAUGGUGAUUCAGGGAUCAAGAAUCUUGGCAAUGAAUCAGGUGGUGAAAUGCCCGGGGUACAAGAUGAUAGAAAUGAGCGAUCUGCUGUCCCAGGCAAUGAGACUCAAGAGUGUGCUCCGCAAAAAACAGAGACAAAACUGUCCGAGUCAGAAACUGAUAAACUGUAUAGUGAUGGUACAUGUGCUCCAAGACCUCCUGGUCCUGACAAUCCGGCACCAGCUGUCUCCCAAACCGAUGGUAGUCUAGGAGCUGGCAUUGGGGGUUUUGCUCAGCCAUCUCAUCCAGCUCCUUUUACUGAUCAAAGUCAGCAUCAGCAGCAAAUGAUUAAUUAUAGGCCUGGCGUUACCCAGCAAAGGACUUCUGCACCGAUGGCAUCACAUUUACCACAUCCAGGAGUUCCGAAUCAGCCACACACAGCAGGGAACUUGUCAGAUCUUCAAGGGAAUCAUGGCUCUGCUCCUGGACCUCUAGGGAGCUUGUCACAUCCUCAGUCUCUUGGACCUCUAGGGCCAAAUAACCAAGUCCACGAGCCUCCUUUCCAUGCUGGGGCUUCUAAUUUUUCUCGUUUUGGAGGGCCUCAAUUUGGUGCACCACCUGGUGGACAGACAACCAACUUACUACCUCAUGCUCCUGAAGGUUUUGGUUUGCAGGAUGAAAGGUUCAAACCUUUCCAGAAUAUUGAUCGAAGAGAGUUUGAAAACGAUCUCAAGAAUUUUCCGAGGCUGCCUUUGGAUGCUGAGCCAGUUUCUAAAUUUGGAAAAUUUUCUUCAGGUCCACAUGAAGCUGGAAAGAAUCUGCUUGGUUUUCAUGACGAUGCCAAUAGGAAAUCAGGUUCCACUCUUCAUCCAGGUUAUCAUGGACUAGGUCCUGGAUAUGGGAGACAUCAUAUGGAUGGUAUGGCUCCGAGAAGUCCUGUUAGUGAAUAUCCUGAGAUGUCUUCUCGGAGGUUCGGUCCCCUCUCUGCUGGUCUUGUUAGUAAGCCAGGUGUUGAUGAUUUUGACGGAAGAGCUGCUGGUCGUUUUGGUGAGUCAGUUGGCAUUCCGGAUGCAUUCCGUGAUAGUCGGUUUCCUCAUCUGCCUGGCCAUUUGCCGAGAGAUGAGUUUGAUGGUUUUGGUAAUUUUCGUAUGGGUGAACAUCCAAGGAGUGGCGAUUUCAUGGGUCACGAUGACUUUGCUGGUCAUUUUCGUAGGGGUGAACAUUUAGGUCCACAUAAUUUUCCUAGACAUUUGCAGGUUAGGGAAUCUGUUGGUUUUGGUGCUCAUCCUGGUCAUUUGCGAGCAGUUGAACUUGGUGGUUCUCGGAAUUUUGAAUCUUUUAGCAAAGGCAACAGACCAGGACAUCCACAGCUUGGUGAGCCUGGGUUCAGGAGCAGCUUUUCCCUUUCAGGAUUUCCUAAUGAAGCUGGGUUUUUAACAGGUGAUAGCAGGUCGUUUGAUAAUUUGAGGAGAAGAAAGGCUCCUAGCAUGGGGUGGUGCCGGUUAUGUAAAGUUGACUGUGAAACAGUUGAAGGCUUGGACCUGCAUUCUCAAACAAGGGAGCACCAGAAGAUGGCCAUGGAUAUAGUUAAAUCAAUCAAACUAAACGCGAAGAAACGGAAAUUAACACCCAGUGAACAAACCUCUGUUGAAGAUGGAAACAAGAUGCGGAAUAUUGGUUUUGAGGGUCGUGGAAAUAAGCAUUGAUUAGCUGGGGUUUGCUGUAAUUUUGAUAUGCUCUCAUGCUGUUGUCAUCAAAAGAUGUUGCUAUGGUAUUAUUGCAUUUGGCAAUCCUUAUAAUUCCUUGCCCUUUUCCUAAGUUCAAAUUUAUUCAUGCUACCGUCCUUUCAGGUUGCUGCAAUCAUGUUAAUGGAGUUGUUUUUCAGACCUGAAGUACUGUGGCAGUUAAGUUUGUUGGCUUUUGAAUUUGAAAUCCAUACCUUAUAACUAGACUAGUUGUCUCGACUUUGGUGCUAUGUUAGCAGUUUUAAUCAUUUCAUUCUGCAUAUGUUAUUUACUUGCUUUUGGUAAUUAGUAAUUACAAUAUCUAUGGAUGGCAAUCUUUUGACAUCUCUUAAAGCCUCCUAUUAUUGAUUCUGCA